GGUGACCUUAUAGAAGUUUAUAAAAUCAUGAGGGGCAUCAAUAAGGUAAAUAGCCAAGGUCUGUUUUGAAUUGUAAAUUUGAAUCUUUCAAGUCACCUCUUCAUCCUUAAGAUACUCAGGAAGAUUGAUUAGUUUCUUUCUAUCAACCUGUUUCUAGCUUUUGGGGAGUUGAGGAUUAGGGACACAAUGUAACUUUAGAACCAAAUCUUUGUGAUGAAACUAGAAAACAUUUUUUUUUCUCACAAAGAAUGUAACUUUUAAAUUUGAGAUUGAUAGAUUUUUCUAAACCAAACAUUUGAAUGAAUAUAUGACAAAGGCAAAUAUGUCAUUCAGUCACAGAUCAGCCACAAGCACAUUGGUGCUACAUGACCACCUCCUCGUUCUUUUUAAGUACCCGGUAGCAUUUAUUUCAUUUCUAACUAGAUAGGUUCUGUUUUUGGCCCUUAAAUUACAUCAUCCUUUGCUGGGGUGCCAUAGAUUUUCAAUCAGGACUGCCACACCUUGAAAAUCUUGUAUCCCAAAGUAUUGUCCCUAAUCCUGUCCUCCUUUUGAGCUUGUUCUUAGGAAACUUAGCUUUGUUUGAAUACCCCAGGGCAUUUCACAGGACAAUUUUCAACCACAGUUAAAGUAUGGAAGGAGACAUUGAAACAGAUGAGUAAAAGCUUUGUCAAAAUGUUAAGUUUCGAAGGAGGUUCCAAAUGGAGUAAAGCAGGGCAGUUAUGUUAAGAGGCUGUGGGACAGCAAAAGUGGUUUUCCGGCUGAAUAUUCAUCCACUGAUUGUUAGACUUCUUCAUCUUUGUUAGAUCCAUAAUAAGCUGCAAAGCAAUUGAAAUUCAAAAAUUGUAUUAAUGCAGCACUCUCACGAUGGAUAAUUAGUGUAGAAGGAAUUAUAUUGAUAGGCUCAGGUUAUAGCUAGUUCAAGAAUGCGCAUAAAAAUUCACCAAUGUUCAGUAGCAUAGUGUAAUCUACAAGGUGCACUGCUGAAACUCACCAAGAAAACUUUGAUAGCACCUUCCAUUUCCAUGAUCCUUACCAUUUUAAAAGGACAAGGGCAGGAGAUACAUGGGAACACCAAAACCUCCAUUCCCUCCAAGCCUCUCACCAGCCUGACUUUGAAAUAUAUUGUCAUUCCUUUAGUAUUGCUGGGUCAAUUUCCUGGAAUGCCUUUUCUAAUAUCAUUGUGACUCUACCUCUGGACAUUCCAGCAGUUCAAGAGGGUAGACCACCAUCACCUCAAGGUCACUGAGGAAUGGGCAAUAAGUGCUGGCCUAGCCAGUGACAUCCAGUCGUACAAAUGAAUGAAUUUUACAAAAUUAAGUGACAUUCGCUGCCACAGGGCUCACAAUUCCUGAAGCACAGCUCCAGUAGGCUAUGGUUAGCCAUAAUUAGUGCAGUGGUAACAGCACCUAAUGAGUUAUAUCUGCCCACAUGAGACAAACCCUGGUAGUAUGACAUAGGUUGCUUUUCACUUGUGCCAUUUAGUGCAAGUAAGAGCAUGCCCAACAGUGUAUGUGUGCGUGCACACAUAAAACAUGUAUUGAGACACACCAGUAGGAGGUAACCAGUAAUGCGAAAUAACUGUAAGCACUCAUUGUCAUAUCAUACCUCAGGCCCUUUGUUGGAAGGGUCCCUCAUUGCAACAAGGAACACGGAACAUGGCUAAUUCUGCUUGAAAUGUCCUAAGCGGUUUGACUUCCUUGGGUGGGCUUGUUGCUUAUCACACACCAAUUGCCAAACUUUAAGCACCUCUGGGUUGAACUAAAACAACAUGUCAGGGUUACUUGUAUUGAGAUGUUUUGGGUCAUGCUAUAUAGCUGUGUCUAACUCUUUAUGCUUGAGCAUUGUGAAGAUUCAAUCAGCUGUGGUUUGACAGACAUGCUGGAGUAUGUGGGAUAGAGUGGAACUCUCCAAACCAGGUGCAGGAGACAAGUGCAAGGACACCAAUGAUAUGAAACUACUAACUUUGAGAAAGAAACUGAUAGCAAUGCAGAUGUUGGAGAUCAGAGUUGAAGAGUGUGGUCCUGGAAAAGCACAGCCGGUCCGGCAGCAUCCGAGGAGCAGGAGAGCUGAUGUUUCGAGCAUAAGCUCUUUUAUCAGGAAUGCUAAUGAAGAGUUUAAAACAAAAUGCUGGAGGAAUUCGAUGGGAGACUGUACGCAGGAUGUGAACGCGAACCCGCUGCAAGGGGAUACCCACCGUGAUGGAGACCAGGAGCUGGAGCGGGCUCUCUGCCAAUGGCUGCUGUGGGACCAGAAUCCGAAGACCAAAGCUGAGAUUGAGAAAAUGCUACGCGAUGGGAAGAAGAAAGAAUUGCGUGAUCGCCUGUGCUGCAGAAUGACAUUUGGGACUGCGGGGCUGCGGUCUUCCAUGGGUGCUGGUUUCUCCUACAUUAACGACCUGACAAUCAUACAAUCCACUCAGGGUUUGCUUAAGUAUCUUGAGAAGUGUUUCUCAGACCUGAAACACAGAGGUGUUGUGAUUGGAUAUGAUACUCGAGGUCAAGAGACUACGAGCUGUAGUAGCAAGAGACUUGCCCAGUUGACUGCUGCUGUCUUCCUUGGAAAGAAUAUACCUGUGUAUCUGUUUUCUAUCUAUGUGCCAACACCAUUUGUGCCAUAUGCUGUUAAGCAGCUUCAUGUUGCAGCUGGUGUGAUGAUUACUGCGUCACAUAAUCCUAAGCAAGACAACGGAUACAAGGUUUACUGGGAAAAUGGAGCUCAAAUUGGCUCUCCUCAUGAUAAGAGAAUCUUAGAGCAUAUUGAAGAAAGUUUGGAACCCUGGCAGGAAUCAUGGAAUGUGAAAUUGCCUGAUAUUAGUCCUUUACGGCAUGACCCUCUGGAUGAAGUCUGUACACUAUACAUAGAGGAUCUGAAAAAGCUGUGCUUCUACAGAGAACUUAACAGAAAGACACCGCUCAAGUUUGUGCACACGUCCUUUCAUGGUGUUGGGCACGAGUAUGUGAAAUCCGCUUUCAAGGCAUUUGGUUUUGCUCCACCCAUUCCAGUUCCAGAACAGAAGGAUCCAGAUCCGGAGUUUUCAACUGUCAAAUGCCCCAAUCCAGAGGAGGGAGAAUGUGUGUUGAUUCUUGCAAUCAAGCUGGCUGAGAGUGAAGCUGCUCGAAUUGUGUUGGCCACAGACCCCGAUGCAGACAGACUUGCAGUUGCAGAACAACAAGAAGAUGAAAGUUGGAAGGUGUUUUCUGGAAAUGAGCUUGGAGCUCUCCUUGGAUGGUGGAUGUUUAAAUGUUGGAAAGACAGACAUCCAGAUCCGGCUGAUGUGAAGGAUGUGUAUAUGCUGGCAACCACAGUCUCAUCUAAAAUCCUCCAGGCAAUCGCAAUUCACGAAGGCUUUCACUUUGAGGAAACCUUGCCAGGGUUUAAGUGGAUUGGAAAUCGAAUUGAUGCACUCUUGCAAAAUGGAAAAGAAGUGCUUUUUGCCUUUGAAGAAUCCAUUGGAUUUCUGUGUGGUACACUGGUGCUUGAUAAGGAUGGGGUGAGUGCUGCUGUCGUCGUGGCAGAACUAGCAACAUACCUGGAAACCAGAAAACUCACCAUAACUGAUCAACUGAAUAACAUAUAUAGAACAUAUGGUUAUCAUCUCUCCAAGACUUCCUACUUUAAAUGCUAUGAACCUGCUACAAUUAAGAGAAUGUUUGAUCGACUUCGAAACUAUGAAAAAGACAAUCAAUAUCCAGAUCACUGCGGGCAAUUUGAAAUUUUGUAUGUGAGAGAUGUAACUACUGGAUAUGACAAUAGUCAACCGAACAACAAGUCAGUGCUGCCCAUAAGUAGAAGCAGCCAAAUGAUCACCUUCAGCUUUGUGAAUGGCUGUUUAGCCACUCUGCGGGCCAGUGGCACUGAGCCAAAGAUCAAAUACUAUGCUGAGUUCUGUGCACCACCAGGCCAGAGUGGCACAGCUUACCUGGCUGAAGAGCUCAACAAACUGAUCGAUGCAAUGGUCAAGAACUUCCUUGAGCCAGAGAAGAAUGGUCUGAUAGCUCGUCUAUAAACUAAUUCAGCACUAGCAAGUGAAUGUGCGUGUGUGUCUGGAGUUCAAGUAAAAAAGCACAGAGCAAAUGUCACCUGUUUACACUAAAGAGCUGAAAUUGAGGAUAUUAUGGGUGAUAAGUGUGUGACAAAUCUAUAUUUUGGAGACCCUAAAGCCCUUCAAUGUUCCUGGAAGGCAGCUAUCUUCGACUUGGAGAAGCUGCCUCUUUCGUUGACCAGGAAGCUUUUUGUCAUUUUACAUCUCUGCUUUCUGCUUCUUGGUGCUGUGCGUUCAUUCAUUGGCUGCAGCUUCUCCUGUUUAAUAGAAACUUGAUCACAAAGUUAUUCAGUCUCACUAAAUGGCUUGAGAUUAGGUUCGUGCAGUCAGUAUUUUGCAUUAUAGAUGCUCUAUUUGCAAAUUCAAGACACAGCCCCAGUACAGCACAGCUUGGGAGGUCUGUAAAAGUGCAGACAAACUGGCUAUCAUUAUAAAGUGAUGAAAGUCAGUCCAUGAUGUGACACUCUGUCAAGAGGGACAGAAAUCCAUUAUAGUUUGGAACUUUCCAUUGAUCCCCUUCCUUUUUGCUUAUUAUUAAUUUGAUUUUUUUUGUUAAUUUGCACAAAAAAGUUUACCUUGUGAACUGGAAACUAUUGGUAUAUUUGUGUUUGAAAAAUUUACUGUCCUUUUGUUUGCCUUUCUUAGUAAGAUUUUUUUUUUUCUGUCGCUGCUACACAUGCCAGACACAGCGAAAAUGAAUAGCUACAAGCAUUGACUUGUGAUGUAACUCAGUGACCCCCACUGCCUCUCGUGAGGAACUGGGUAGCCUGUACUAAUUGUUCCCCUGGUGCAGAGCUUUGCUGUCUCUUCACCUUGUGAGCUGUGCUUCCAUUAUUUACAAAUUUCACAGCAAACUGGCAGCCCCCUGGUGAGGACAGACACCUGCCAGCCCUUUGUCUAGUUAAGACUCAGAUUGGCACUCUCCAUCUUGUGGACGUAGUCUUUUGUAUGGUCCAGGAUUGUGCAUUGGACUUCAUCCAAUCAGUCUUCAAUAUCACAAUUACUGCCUGGUCACCCUGACACCAGUUGGAUGGUUGCAGUAUAUGGUAAUGUGAACAGCACUGGUGAUUCUGGGAACUGUUGUUUCUAGACUGCUCGUUUUUGUACCUAUUUACUGCUAUGAAAUUUUAUGCAAGUGCAUGUGCUCGCAAAUUGGGUGCAAGCUGGUGUCUUUGUGUGUGUGUGUCAUAAGACCUUAGUGUGUGUGAAUCUGCAGUUUUUUGAGCCCUAACUAACUGCUGCUGAGAGUGUUCGGGUGGAGAGUGGGUGAGAAUCUUGUCUCUCAUUCUGUUCCUCCCCGUGUCUACUUGUGCAUUUUAGGCAGAAGUCUUAACCAAAGGCUUAAAAGAACCUACUUAGAAUAUUUUUUUAAUUUAAUUAUUUGCAGAGAUAUGCAUUGAAUGAACUACAAGUCUUAUUUUGCAUUUUGAAUGUUUAUUUUACACUCUGCAAAAAGGAUAUUUCGUUCUUCCAAGUGUUGACUGUAGUCACUUUUUAAUUAUAAUGUUAAUUGUAUUCAUAGUCAUAGUACUGCUCUGUUGUAGGUCAAAACCGACACAUGACUGAAACAUACAGCCCUGAAGAUCCAAGUUUGGUUCCGACUCUGCAAUAAGAGCUGAACCCAAGCAGGUUAUCCAUAAAGGUGAUCUCCCUCCCUGUGUUAGGGAGGGUCAGAUUAUUCAGGCGAUACUGUGAUUCCUAACAAACCUUGUUUGCAAAUCUCAAGUAGAAUCCAGAUCCCUCUGCUCUGCUGUGGCCACUCCAAGGUGAGAAUGUCAGGAGAGGGUGAAGUAUCAGUAUGUGCAUGGUACCAAUGAGUUUGGCCAGAGCAUGAACCAGCAAUUUUGAGGAGAGAAGCAAAUUGGGGAAAGGAAGGGCUGACAUGGGCAUAAUGAGCCAAAUGGUCUCCUCCUAUGCUGUAUGAUUCUGUGAAAAAGGAUAGUGGUAAAAGAAACCUAACCAGAGUCUUGCCCAGCCCUUGAAUUCAAAUUGUGCCCCGUCUGGAAGUGGAUAUUUGCAAUCAGCUGUAUAGCAUAAGUACUUUUUUUUCUCUUUAAUUCCAACUGCAAACUUUAUUCUCUAAAAGAAAUCGGGAAUGUUAUUUGCUUGUUGUUAAACCUACAAUCUCUUUUGCACUGUUUCCAGAGAAAAUAUGAACAAGUGACUGUUUCCCAAAUACUGUAGUAAAGUUUUGUGUGAGGACAAAUGGGGUAAGCUGCCACCCAAACCAAAUAGCAUUUUGUUAGUGACUUUAAAAAUGAAUUUUCAAAAGUUGUUUUUUCAGGAUUUUUAAGGGAGGGAGAGAAGUAGAUUUGCUUUCAGUAUUUGAAUAGUUUUGAAUUAUAGGGAUGGUUUUGCACUUUGUGACAAUGUUUGCUAAGUUUUCCAUUCUCUAGUGAGGAUGGUGUUCCAUGUUCCUAUCUUCUUUAUUCAUAAAAACUGCUGGACAUUAAUUCACUGGAGUGGAAGGUUGUUGGGAAGGACCUGGUUAUGAACUUGUAUAUACAAAUAUUAGAAAAGACAAAUGCUUUCAGUCUUUCUCUGAAAUUCCAUUUCCUGUUUACCUUGUACCCUUGAGGUUGAGAGCUUUUUGUACCAUUGUUUGGAAUGUGAACAUCUCUUUGGUCCCUACAUUUGAGUCUGUCCAAUAAAUGUAGAAGUGCAGGGGAAACCUUGUUUGGAAUUAAUUAGCCAGUCUCUUUCAGAGCACCAAGGAUCAGAGGAUGAUCAUUGGGGACUGGAAUUGCUGGGGUGCUUUUACUCAACUCUGGAGCCGCCUCAAACACCUUCUGUCCAUGUGGUUCAAACUCUUAGUGUCCUGACCUUAAUGCAGGUUCUGUGGGCAUUCAGAGCUGCUAUUAGAUAUGCCAACUCCUGAUAGUCUGUUAAAGGAGGAGUCUGCCCUAGUGCUGCUCAGAUCAGCUAGCCAAAGCAGGCUGAUGCUAACCACUAGCUUAGGUUCUGAUUUCCAUGUGAAGAGUUGAGGAAGACCUAUACAGAACCGACUGAGGAAGCCCCUAGCUGCUGCAUUGCCCAGGACCCUUUCUGCUCCAUAUGUUUAGUGAACAGAAAGUCCACACUAUCUUUAAACAGAUUUGGAUCCCAAGAGUACAAUUCUAUCUGUCUACACUGUUGCUUGGGUUGAUAAGUUUAAAAUACUUAACCUGUGCCCUCACAAUUCUGUUUGCAAAAGCUGAAACAUUUGCCUCAUUGUGUUUGUUACUGACAAUAAUAGUGAUAUUACCUCACUGUGUGUACUGUCUGGGGAAUUCUACACACAUUCUAUGUUUUGAUUUAAAUACAUACAGCCCAAUGGUAUGGUAUUAUCCCUGCUUUCCAAAGUAUUAAAGUUUGAAGAAGGGCUGCUCAGGCUUUUGGGGUAAAUGGUAGAUUUCAGUGGUCCUGUGUCUUAACUUCCAAGGUGUUUUCAAUUGUUCACAUUUAUCCUUUUGGCUGAAUGUUGAGUACACUCUGAAAUUGAGGAAGCGUUCACAUUAUGGCUGGACUAAGGUAAAUGAUAGCUACAGAACAUCAAUAAGUGUAGCAGUUUGUUCUACAGAUGUACAGUUCAGCUGCUGCUCUUUCUGUAAUCUAUCAUCUCCACCAGCCAAAACAUUAGAUUUACAUAGUCCUCUGUUUUCAUUCAACCUUACGCUGCUUAUCCCAGCACUUCAUUGGGGUUCAGAUUCAAAUCCAAGCUCUGAAUGUGGAUAUUCAAACUGAUCCCAAUCAGUUGUCUACCUGCUGAAAUGGCCAUUCUCACCCCAUGGACAGGAGCAGUCAUUUAAUAAGAACUUGCACUUCUCAUGUUCUGUAUUGGUUGUAUAGUUAUUUAUGGAUGUCAUUUAUGAAUUAAAAUCUAUAAAGAACAAAGCU